AUGGCGGAUCCCUUUAAUCCUCACGGCCACUCGCAAGGUCUGACGCAUCCCCACCCCCACCACCCCCACACGUCAAAUCUCCAUCCCUCGAUCCAGCCUCCCGCACCUCCCGCACCUCCCGCACCUCCGCCGCCUCCACCGCCGCCGACACCUGCACCAGCACCGGCCGUGACGCAUACCAGGUCUUCCAAAGCGGUCUUCGCAAGGCUGACUCAGCCAUUUAUCGGGACGAGUAGACCUCCGAGCUCUUCUGGGCCCGGGGGUGGGCUUCAUGGGAAUUUACCGACUAGUGCUCCGUAUGGGUUCCCCCCUCUUUUUCUAAAGGAGAAAAUCAAAGAAAAACAAGAGACAAGAAGAAAAAAAGAAGUAUUAGGGCUGAUUUGAAGCGGUUACAACAAUUUGCUUUUGUCGAAUAAAAGUCGAAACCCAUUAAAACCCCGAACAACCCGAUAUAACCUCAAUAGCCCCAUCCUUGCGCUCUCCGCAAACGUAGAGGGCGACCAGGUCGUCAUCGCCGGUCGUGGCAUCCUUAAGAUCCUGUGUGUAGGCUAUGAUGAGAUCACUGAGGGUUCCGUUUUGGGCGUUCCCACGGAGCAGAAGAAGCACCUGCAGUACGACGUAAAAUGGGGAACGGUCCAUCAGAAGAACACCGUUGCGACGGCGGGGACGAACGGGACUAUCUGCAUCUACGAUACUAAGAAAGGGGCGUUGGACCGCCAGUUGAGGGAGCAUGGGAGGCAGGUGCACAAGGUGGCAUUCAAUCCCGCGGAUGGGAGGUUGCUGCUGAGCGCUAGCCAGGACGGGAAUGUCAAGCUUUGGGAUUUGAGGGAGAGGGGGAGUCGGCUGACGUUUAAGGGGAGGGCGGAUGCGGUGAGGGAUGUGCAGUUUAAUGCUUGGAAUGCGGUGGAGUUCGCCGCGGCUUUUGAUAAUGGGACUAUCCAGGUAUCGCCCUUCUACCUGUUAUCAUUGGCGGAAAGGGCACUAAUCGGGUUCGAUUAGAGGUGGGACUAUCGAAAGGAUAGUCUCUACGAGAGGAGCCUUAGUGCUCACAAUGGGCCCGCAUUCACUGUGGAUUGGCAUCCCGAUGGAAAACACUGCGCUAGUGGUGGCAGGGACAGAACUGUGAAGGUAUGGGACUUUUACGCUGAUGCUAGGCAAAAAGCGAAGCAUACGAUCUUCACCAUGACAUCCGUUAGUCGGAUUGCCUGGCGGCCGUUGAAACAUGGGACUACGGAGUUGGCCACCUGCGCGAUAAGUAAUGAUCACAGAGUUCAUGUAUGGGACCUGAAGCGUCCUUAUAUCCCCACGAGGAUAAUGGACGAGCACGAGAAUGCCGUUACGGGUAUUCUCUGGAAGGAUGAGGACAUCUUGUGGUCUUGCUCUAAAGACAGUAUGUUUGUACAAAAUGAUGUCGGCUUUGCAAGCCAACCCAUCAAUUCCCUUACUCAUGGGGCAUUCUCCUGGAGCCCUACGGACAGCUUUACCUUCAUGGUUGAGCAGCGCAAAUCGCGGAGGAGCACAUCUCGGAGCUUCGACCCGGAAGAUGAUCUAGCAGGUCAUGACCGGCGAAGACACGGGAGAAGCAGCUCCUUCAGGGGCUCAAAACCAACAUUGGGGGGCCUAGAAACCCUGGACAAGAUAUUCGUGCCGUCGCAGGCAUCCGCGAGUGCCCACGUGCCCGGCCUCUUCGACGAGGUGUCCUUCUCUUACUUUGCACAGAACUACGUCUUCGACCUGGAGGGUGUAAUGGGGGGACCGAAGGUUUCGCUCGGAGAGGCCUGCGAGGCGAACGCUCAGGCAGCCUGGGUGAUGCAGAAGUAUAGGACCGCCCAGACGUGGAAGGUACUUCAGCUCGCGCUCGUGCGCGAGGAGAAGGCGAUUAGCUGCAGACAUGAUGUGACGGCUGCUGGCUUCCCAUCGGCAACAGGAGCAGCGGGUAGUUUAACGAUGAGGAGGCCAGGACUGACUGUUGUCGAGCAGAGUAAUUCCGGAGGAGCGACACCGCUCGCUGGACCUACGCAUGUUAGUCCCGAUAGGAGCACUGCGACGCCUACACUGGGAAGACCUGGUGGUGCUGUAGAUGAUGCGUUGCUGCUGCCGCCCCCGGCCUUUGGAACAAGUCUUGGUUCUAGCACCACUUCCACAGACGGGGAAGAAUAUGCCGGGGGACGUGCGAAUGACGAUGAGACGGAGGAUGCAAAACAUCGGCCCCUGUUAGGCAUCGCGACGAGUGGCGGGGUGGAAGAAGCCAAGCCCAUUUUGGCAGACUCAUACAAUGGGGCAACCAAUACCACGACUGCUAAUGUUAAUAAUAAUAAUACGACUUCCACUGCUACUGCUACCAUGAGCGCUGCAGGGAAGGGUAAGUCAAUAGAUUCACUAGCUCUCUUGCCGGAGAGCACCGACUACUCCCCCACAACGCUCAUCUCACCUAUACCCCCGAUCCCGAUGUACCAGCCAGCGGGCUCCCCAGCAGCGCACAUGCUGCAAAGCGGGCAAUACUCCUCCUCUGCCUCCGGCAAUAUGGGGAAGCGACGGGAGAGGCUCUACUCGCUGGCUAGCGAGACCACGACUGCUUCCUCAUCCCCGUACGGCGACUUCCAUAACCGCGUCAGCGAGGACGACGAUGAGAGCACAUCCCCGAAAACCGGGACCUGGAUGGAAGCGAUUGUGGAAGAGCCCCCUUUACCACCACUGCCGCCUCAACAGCCUACUGCUGCUCCACCAUCUAUACACCUCCCCCCCUCUUCAAAACACAGGGCCAGCCGAGUCGCGCAAGGGGAAGAGGACCAGACAUUCCCCCUCCACCCCCUCCCCCUCUUACACACCCUCCUGGGGUACUACGCCUCAACAACAGACGUGCAAAUGCACACAACGAUAUUCCUCCUCCUAUCUUCCUCUCGGGCGCUCUCCCCUUCCCCGCUGCUAAAUAACCUCUUCAACAUCCCCACCCCAGCUACCACCACCGCCGCGGCCACCACCCCACCCCCCCUCCUAGAAUCAAUAUCCUCAUACCUAGACCUCCUCCGCCGCUUCAACCUCCACUCUGUGGCCGCUGGCGUGAUCAAGUGCGCACAAGCUCUCCCCGAAUUCACUGCUCUCGGCCAGACGAAUACGCAUUUGGACUUUGCCUGUGGCAGGUGUGCUCGCCCCAUUACCGCUACUGCUACCACUACCACUGCCAAGGUUGGAGCUGGGGGUGGGGGUGUGAGGUGCAGAAAGUGUGGGGCCGUGGAUGGAUGCGUGAUUUGUUGGGGCCAGGUUGGGAGGUGGAGUAUGUGUCAAGGUUGCGGACACGGCGGACACGAUGCGUGUUUGAGGGAGUGGUUCUUUGGCGGUGGCACCGGGGGGGAGUGCGCCGCUGUUGGAUGUGGGCAUUAUUGUUUGCCGGGGUAG